ACACGCUCUAUGACACACGCACACAAACAUGGCGGCCUCUGUAUCACCGCUACGCUCCUCCUUCAGGAUUUGUAGCCCGUUAACGUUACAACAUCACUGCUGCCGGGCCAAACUGCGGAUGCACAGAAAAUGUGAGAGUCAAAGGAGACACCUACAUCAGUCGGCGGCGAGGCAAGCUGCUGUGGUGAUUUCGGGGAUAGAGUUGGCCCGUCAGCUCCACAGAGAAAUCCAGCGUGAUGUGGAAGAGCUGGUGGCUCAGGGCAACAUGAGACCCCACCUAGGGGUGGUCUUAGUGGGGGACGACCCAGCCAGUCGUACCUAUGUUAGGAACAAGACCCGGGCAGCCAGCAUCCUCGGUAUUUCCAGUGAUACGGUGGUGCGGCCUAGCUCUGUCUCCCAGGAGGAGCUGCUGGAGCUGAUUGACAAGAUGAACCGUGACUGGAGGGUCAGCGGCCUGUUGGUGCAGCUGCCACUUCCCGAGCACAUCAAUGAGCGAGCAGUGUGUAAUGCCAUCGCUCCGGAGAAGGAUGUGGAUGGUUUCCAUAUUGUGAAUAUUGGGAAGCUGUGUCUGGACCAGAGAUCAAUGGUGCCUGCCACACCCGCAGCUGUCUGGGAGAUCAUCAAAAGAGCAGGUAUUGAGACAGUGGGAAAGAAUGUGUUGGUCGCUGGUCGUUCCAAAAAUGUUGGAAUGCCCAUUGCAAUGUUGCUGCACACCGAUCGCAACCAUGAACGCCCCGGAGGUGAUGCCACAGUGACCAUUGCCCACAGAUGCACACCGAGGGAGCAGCUGAAAGAGCUAACGAGCCUGGCUGACAUCAUUAUUGCAGCUGCAGGCGUUCCUGGGCUGAUCACAGCAGAUAUGGUGAAAGCGGGCGCAGCAGUCAUUGACGUAGGCAUAAACCGUAUCCAGGACCCAAACACGGGAAAACUCCGGCUCAUUGGUGAUGUGGACUUUGAGGGAGUGAAGGAGAAAGCAGGUGUCAUCACUCCUGUUCCUGGAGGCGUCGGUCCGAUGACAGUCGCCAUGCUGAUGAAGAACACUGUGACUGCUGCCAGAAACGCACUGAUGCAUUAAAGACAGACACAGUAUAAAGCAAUUCAUUUUAAUGAGUGCUAUACAGAGCAAACAGUAUAUGCAUACAUACACACAUACAUAGAUACAUCAGUUUAUUUAGGUAUACACACACACACACACCUCGCUAAACAUCUAACACACUUUUAUUUAAAAAUCCAUGAUCUCAAGACUCCAUACCUGCUGGGAAACUCACUUGAUAUGUACUUUGUUUAUAUUGUCGAUUUAUUCAUUUAUUUAUUUAAGUUAUUUAUUCCAGAGUUCACUUUUUAAAAAUUUAGAUUCAUAUUUUUUCUACUGAAGUCAUUUUGGUUCAUGUUUGAACAUUCCAGAUUCACUGGAAAAGGAGUAUAAAUAAAAAAUACCAA